CUGUUCCUGGGACAAUAUCAAAAGCAUUUUUGAACAGAAGGACAAAGACCAUCCAAAGUUUGAUUUCCUGAGCUCCUCCUUCGAUCAUACGUGUGUGGAGGACUGGGCCCACCGUGUUUAUGUAACCUCGCCUUCGCAAAGUAAAAUGGCGGACGAACUUGAGUAAAAGUGUUCCCUUGAUCAUUUUCACAAUGAAUCUUAUGAAAGGCGUCACUAAAGCUUUUCACAGUCUUUCUGUAGAGGCAAGAGAAUUAUAUUUGACUUCUGAAGUCCCAAUAUUAUCAUCACCACCAAGUGCUUUAGAGUUUUAUCGAGGUUGGGUAACUCCAAAUCUUCCCGUCGUCAUCAAGAACAAUCUCAAUACCUGGCCAGCACUGCACCUAUGGAACUCAGAAUAUUUUMGAGAGAAAAUAGGAGACAAGCAAGUCACAGUAGCAGUUACUCCAAACGGUUAUGCUGAUGVAGUUGUCGGGGAAUAUUUUGUUAUGGCACAGGAAAGAUCAAUGAAAAUGUCGCACUUUUUAGACAUUCUUGACCAUAAAAUCGAAGAAAAGGGGAUUUUUUAUAUCCAAAAACAAAAUUCAAAUUUUACUGAAGAGUUAAGUGAGAUUAUUCAAGAUGCAGCUUUGGAUAUUCCUUGGGCGACGGAGGCAUUUGACAAAGCUCCUGAUGCAGUGAAUUUUUGGAUGGGAGAUGGUCGUGCAGUAACGUCAAUGCAUAAAGACCAUUAUGAAAACCUAUACUGUGUUGUAUCAGGGAGUAAGACAUUCACUCUGAUUCCCCCAACUGACCUGCCUUAUGUUACAUAUGGUUUAUACAAACCAGCAAAAUACCACCUCAAUUCAGUAGGAGAGUUUGAGAUUGAAGAAUUACAAAAAAGUGACUUAAACAUUGAUGCAAAUGGUCAAGAAAUUUCUUGUGAUACUGUCAAAGAGGAGGAUGAUAAUAAUGAUAAUCAACACUUUACUGACUCUGAAAUCAGUGAAAAUGAUGCAAAUGAUGCCACAGUCAGUGAUGAUAACAACCUAGUGCCAUGGGUGUCGAUUGAUCCUUUAGAACCAGACUAUCAGCUCUACCCAGACUAUGCUAGAGCACAACCAAUAACCUGCACGGUCAAAGCAGGUGAAACCCUUUACCUUCCAUCGCUAUGGUUGCAUCAUGUUCAACAAAGCCACAAGUGCAUUGCUGUUAAUUUUUGGUACGACAUGGAGUAUGAUGUCAAGUAUGCCUAUUAUAAGUUUUUGGAGAAGUUGUCUAAGCUGGUAAAAGAUUAGUGAUUUGCAAAUCAAAUGAGAAAGAGAGUGCAUAGAAACAAGACAGGAAGUUGCAAUGAUAUUUGCUCACAACAACAAAAACUAAUAAUAAUAUAAAAAUGUUGACAUAGUAAGAGGUUGAGAUGUCUGUGGUUCUUCAGGACAAACUUGUUUUCACACUCAAUGAUGACUUCAAAUGAUGUUCUACUUCAGUUACUGAUUUAAUCCAAAUUUGUCCUAUUUUGAUUUUUUGCAAUGUCUCCUUCAGUUACCUGCCCCAUCUUAAAAGGUAGUUGUGCCUUUACGUCGUAGCGAGACAACCGUUGAGYGUGCAAUGAUAGAUACCUGUGAACUGUCUGUAGGUGUGAAAGAUUUCAUGCUCAACAGUCGCCUCUCUUCGAUGCAAAGGUACUGCUACCUUUCAAGAUGGCGCAGGUAACCGGGAAGGAGACUAUUAACAGUUGGGAAAAUCCUUAUUUUUUCCACAGGAAACCCAAAAUAUAUAAUAACUGAAAUAUCCAGGUGCCUUCUAAGGACACUAUAAUAUCACUAUAUGCAAACUUUUAGUUAAUUUUUGUUUCAUUACAACUUACUUUAUAAAUCUGUAAAAUUGCACAAAAUGAAAGUAGCACCAAUUUGAAUAAAG